AUGGCGAUACUCGAAUCCGGCCUGCUUGAUCUGAGCAGCUGGAAUGCUCGAAUUCUCGCAUUUGGGGCUGGGACUGCCCUGCACCUGUUUCUUUUCCGCUUCGGGGAAUGGGAUACUUGGACUACUUCGUUGAUUGGGUCCUUUGUGUCUCUGCAGCUGCUUUCAGUUGCGACGCUUAUGCACCUGCUGCCAGACACGUACGCCUCCCCUCUGACUGCGGCAGCAGCUGUAUCAGGUCUUGCGUGGUCUAUGCUACUCGGAAUCUGGUCUAGCAUGCUCGUUUACCGUGCCUUCUUCCAUCGCCUCAACAGAUUCCCUGGACCAUUCCGGGCUCGCCUCUCCAAUCUUUAUAUCACCACUCUUUCGGCCAAGAAACUGCACCUCUACAAUGAAGUCCAACAACUACACAAGACGUACGGCGACGUUGUCCGCAUCGGACCCUCUGAACUUUCAGUCGCAAGCAAAUCAGCCGUCAGUGCCAUUCUUGGAACUCAAUCCACCUGCGUCAAAGGGCCGUGGUACAACAUUCUCUAUCCCGUUGUGUCAUUGCAGAUGGUACGCAACAAGGCCGACCAUAUUCCUCGACGCAAAGUUUGGGAUCGGGGAUUUGGUGCCAAAGCGCUUCGCGAAUACGAGCCGAGGGUUGUGGAUUACACCGAGCAAUUAAUGGCACAACUCCUGAAACGGGAGGGAUCGCCCGUCAAUGUUACUGACUGGUUCAACUUUUACAGCUUCGAUGUCAUGGGGGAUCUCGCCUGGGGGAAGUCUUUUGGCAUGCUCCGAGAUGGGGUCAAACAUUAUUUUAUGAAGACGCUCCACGCUGAUAUGGUCAAUGUUGGGAUAUUCAGCCAUCUGGUCUGGCUUUUCCCCAUAUUCAAGGCCACGCCGAUCUUGAACGCUGAGAGCAAGAGAUUCUGGAGAUGGAUCGAGCAGCAGGUCGCCGAGCGUCGAAAGAUGAAACCAGACCGACCCGACGUGUUUUCGUGGCUUUUGGAACACCACGAGAGUAAGCCGAAGCCUACGGCCCAGGAAGAACUUGAUCUGCAUGGUGACGCUUACCUAAUUGCUGUUGCCGGGAGCGACACCACAGCUGCUUCGCUCACUUGCCUCUUCUACGAGUUAGCUAGAAACCCCGACGCGCUACGGACCCUCCAGCGGGAGGUUGACGAGCUCCACGAAACAUCAGAAAAUGUUGACGGAACAGCCUUGGGGAAAUUGAAAUACCUGGACGCAGUCAUCAAUGAAGCACUCCGCUUGCACCCCCCGGUUCCGUCCGGCGUCCAGAGAAUGACCCCACCUGAGGGAGUUACAAUCGAUAAUACGUUCAUCCCUGGCAACUCAAUCGUCCAAGUCCCGUCGUAUACCAUGUUCCGAGACGAUCGCUACUUCACGAGCGCGAAUGAAUUCAUUCCUGAGCGUUGGACUACACAGAAGGAGUUGACCAAGAAUGAGUCGGUCUUUGUUCCCUUUUCUACAGGCCGCUAUUCUUGCAUCGGGAAAUAUCUAGGGUUAAUGGAGGUCCGUCACGUCACAGCACGGAUCGUCCGCCAGUACGAUAUCAAGUUCGCACCAGGCCAAGAUCCGGCUGCAUUCGUGGAAGGGAAGCGAGACACAUUUACGUUGGCACUUGCGCCACUCGAUUUGGUGUUUACUCGCAGAAGACAUGACAGCAAGGCAGCUGGACUGGAGUAA